GAAAUGGCUGGGGAUACGAGAACUAUGGCCCCACCCGAAGACAAUUCUGCACUCGCGGAGCCGCUGCUCACAGCGUCGACAGAUGAGGAACCCCGCGUCAUUCCAAAAGGAGAGGGAACUGCAGAGGGCGCUGAUGCAUUCGGCGUGGCGGCAGCACUCACGAACCUGCGCAAGAUGUCGACCAUGUUCGUACCCUUGUUCCUGAACCUCACCUGCUCCUACAGCAUCAACAUCGUCACGCUGGCCUUCGUGGGGCACCUGGGCAAGCAGGAGCUGGCGGCGGCGGCGCUGGCCACCAGCCUGGUGGGCAUCGUGGGCCGCACCGUCAUGUACGGCAUGGUGGGAGCCCUGGACACACUGGCCUCACAGGCCUACGGCGCGGGCAACCUCGACGCCCUGGGCGCCCACUUCCGCACCGCCGUGCUGUUCCUGCUGCUGCACGCCGCGCCGCUGUUCUCACUGCUGGCGGCACUGCCGCUGCUGCUGCAGGAGGGCUCCGCGCCUGACGACCUGGGCUUCAUGGCUGGGCGCUACGUGCGCCACGUGCUGCCCUGGUUGGCGCUGGAGCUGCUGAACCGGCCGCUCAACAGCGUGCUGGUGGCGCAGCGCAUCACGCGGCCGCAGAUGACCAUACAGAUGGUGGCGCUGCCGCUGCACGUGGCCAACAACUACGUGCUGGUGUACGUGCUGCGCCUGGGCUACCUGGGCUCGGCCUGGGCCACCUGCCUCACCGCCGCCUACGGCCUGGCCGGCAUGCUGGGCUACGUGGCCUGGACGGGGCUGGGCGGCCGGCUGUGGCGCGGACCGCCCGUGCACAGCUCCAUCUGGAAGGCACUGACGUCCUUCGCACAGCUGUCCUACCCGUCCUGCGUCAUGCGCUGCGCCGAGAGCUGGGGCUUCUCGCUCAUGACUCUGGCCGCCGGCAAGCUGCCCGACCCCGGCACCGCCGUGGCCGCCGCCUCCAUCUCCUUCAACCUGUACGGCAUCCUGUACAUGGUGUUCCUGGCCUUCUCCAUGACCACCAGCACCGCGGUGGGCAACGCGCUGGGCUCAGGCAGCGCACGCGCCGCCCGCCACGCGGCGCUGACCUCCCUGGUCACCGCCCCCGCCAUGUGGUUCAUUGUGGCCACACUGCUCAUCGAGCCGCACACGCAGCUGGCCCUGGCUCUCAUCUUCACGGACGGCCGCGACCCCGCCCUCAUGGGCCACCUGCGGCGCAUGCUGGUGCUGGUGGCGGUGCUGGAGCUGUUCGACGGCUCGCAGGUGGUCAUGACCGGAGUCAUACAGGGCGCGGGCAAGCAGCGGCUGGGCGUGCUGGUGAACAUCGUGGCCUUCUACGUGUGCGCCAUCCCCACCGCGCUGCUGCUGGCGUUCCGGUUGGGGUGGGGCGUGGAGGGCAUGUACACGGGCAUGCUGCUGGGACCGGCCAUACAGGCGGUGUCCUACGUGUACAUCAUUGCGCGACUGGACUGGACGGCGGAGGCACGUGCGGUGGCGGCGCGGGCGGCCGCGUCCAGCACAGCGCAUGUGGACGCGCCGCGUGUGGCGGCGGCUGCCCUGCCGGGUGCGGGACAGGGACGGGCACAGAACGAUCGAGAGAACGCCAGCGCAGUGUGAGCAUGCCGGCGUGGUGCCCAUGCUUCUUGGUCUGCUUGGUGAUGUCAGGCGAGCGUUUGAUGGGGUGGCAGGCUUGGUAGGGGGCGUUGGAUACCCACCUGGAUGCUGCAGGCUGGCUGGGACGGGGUGCACAGAGAUGGAAUGGUCACUGUGUAAAGCCGGGCGUUCUCGUGUUGGUCCGUGUGCUUCCGUUCACGUUUGUGAUGUGCAAAUUCGGGUUGUGUGUCACUUAUGAUUAUGGCAUUGUGAGCGUGCUGAGUAUUGUUUGCUCGUUUAGCGCUCGCGGCGCCGGCCCCUCUGCUCGACGAGGUCGCCCCUGUGUGCUGCUGUGGCAUGGUCCUGUGGCACGCAGAACGCAAGGGUCCCCUUGCGACCUCCUUACUCGAAUCCUUUCGACUCGGAUGCUUAUUUAGCCCUCGGUGAUGAACUCUUUAUUUGUACCUGCGCGCGCGUUCAGGCACUGGCACACUGGUGGUCGAUUAUACUGUGUUCUCGAAAUGGUGACAACUUGUUUGCUAGGAAAGGGGCUCACCACUGGAUGGGUAUGUAUGGAAGGGCCGAUUUGCGUUGUCGCGCUCGGCACGCUGUGGUAUGGGCUGGGUGGUGGUUGUGCAGGUUUUCCGCAGGUUGCGGGAUGCGGCUGCUGUUGCAUCACCAAUUCAGCCUUGCGUCCUUGUUCUAAUGGGAUGCUAGCCUGCACUGCGGUGUGUGGCUCCGCACCGCGAGGUAGGAAUAGGAGCGGACCGGGUUUAUAAAGAGGGCACCUGGCCGUCGGAAGUGGUCAUCAGAAUAACACAGCAUGUGACCCGGGAAAUUACAGGUGUGUCAGGAGGUUUGCGUGUGAGACCAGGGUCAUGUGGACUCGGAAAGCGAGCCGAUGACAAGCAUGGCUGCCCACACCUAGUAACUACUGACGUGAGAGAGGCGCACUCAGCCCCAACGUGCAGGCAAAGUGCACGUAUGUAAGCCCGUUUGCGG